UCAACUCGUAUAAACUUGAAUCGACUUGGAUCAACUCAAAUCAUAAAAGGCUCUAAAAAUACAAAAUAGCAGCAUGGCAACACAGAAAUGUUUUUCUUGAUUUGGUCAAAUAUUUUAGAGGAAUUUUAACCUUCAUAUGGAUAAAAGUUUCAAUUUCCUCUAUCUCUAUUUUUUUGUGAUCCGCGUUGAUCUGACCGAGAUUGUACCUGCCUGGUUGUCUGUGUGAAUGCCUGCAUGGUCUUGAACUCUUCAAGUUCUGUAACACUCCUCAAUGCAAGGUGUUGUGAGAAGGUGAGAGUAGUGUUUUUCUUUGUGAGGCAGACACAUUUUGAAUGUUUUAUUUUCGUCCUGAUAGAAAAAGAGAAGUAUGGUGGAACAAAUGGAGAAACACAGGAAAGAAUUAGAGGCUCUUGAAUCUGAUGACGAAAAAGGUGAGCAAGAAGUACCAUCAUCAGUUGAUGCAACAUAUGAUCAUCCUGAGCAUGUUGUCACAGUUACCACGAUCAGUGAUGUCAACUUGGACAAUGGAAAAUUUGCAUGUAUUGGACCAAACAAGGGUUUGAUGGAAAAAGUAAAAUCACAACCAGAUACUUCACUUGCUGAGGUACAGAAUCACUCUUCAGUUAAAGGGACUGAAAAGUAAGCAAUUACUUUAUCUUACAGACUUAGUAGGAAAUGAAUUACAAAUUAUAAUAAAUCAUUGAUUCAGCUCCUCAACAAGGGAGUUUACAAUCACUGUUGAGGGUGACAUUCAAUAUCAGUUUAGUGAAGUUACUGUAGUGUGUAUGUCAUGUACUAAACAUGCUUAAAAAGACAACAAAAUGCCUCUGUCUGACUGAGUUUGAGGUCUGUACUGUAAGUUACAGACCAAGUUCUUUCCCCUUCGAUUUAUGACCGAAGCACAGUGUGUGGGCCAUGAAUCAAAGGAAAUAAAAACAAGGAUCUGGAACUUACAGUAGGACUGAAAAGACGAGGUUUGUAAGAUAUUUAUGAUUAAUAUCUCUACUGUGGGUCAAACAGUUUAAGUCAUGGAGAAUGGCUUCAAACCACUGAAUAUCAAAAUCAAAAUGAUUCAAUUCGAAGUUACUACUAAGCCAUUAGCACAUUUAAAUCCCAGGGUUUAAAUACCCUUUUGUCAAAAUCUUUUAAAGUUAACUUGUAGUUUUACACACAUGCUACAUGUAUGAAUGUUAAGAAAGGUAAUAAAUAUUAUUGCAUGAUGUUUUGGCAACAGGGGGCUUUAAAUGUUAGCGGGCCAUACAGUAGAAUACACCUGCUACAUUGACCAAUGGCAGUAGGUGUAGUCACUGACAGAUACAAUGAUAGAACAGACAUGUCAGCUGUAUUUUACUACAUGUCCAGUUUUUCAUGCAUCUGUCCUGUUAUUGAUCAUGAAUUUCAUCAUAACAUUGUCCAAGUAGCUGUGGAUC